AUGAGCAUCACCCAUGAUUCUCCAGUGUCAGAAUUAGGAGUCAGGUUUCGGCCCACUGAUGACCAACUUAUUCGCUAUCUAAUAAAAUUUGUUGCUUCUAACAAUUAUGUUUGCAACGAUAUUCCAUUUGGAGAUCUUUAUGGGAGUAAGAAGCCAUGGGUGUUAUUGGAAGGCUCAUCAGAUACUAAAUAUUUCUUUACUCAAUUAAAGAAGUUAAAAUCGGACCAUACAAGGUUUAUUCGGACUUUGGUUGGAGGAGGAAGUUGGAAAGGGAAGGCUAAAGGAAAACCGGUAGGGGCAAAGAAAGUUGGGAUCAAAAGAAGUUAUAACUAUGAAGAAAAUAAAAAGGAUGGUGAGGAUGAAGUUAAUGAUGUUUCUUGGAUUAUGAAAGAGUAUAGUCUUGACGACAAGGUAAUAAAGUUGUUAAGAAAUAGAGGUAUAAUGAAGCAUGAGGAUGUUGUUUUGUGCUACAUUAGGUGUAAAGUUAAAGAAUCAGGAAAUCAUAUGCCUACAACAACUGCCAAUGAAAAUGACGAUGAUACACAACCCCAGGGGCCUAUCUGCACUGGUGAAUUAGUAAAUCAUAUGCCUACAACAACUUCCCGUAGAAACGAUGAUGAUGAUGAUAUACAACCCCAGGGGCCUAAUGAAUAUGCAUAUGGUGAUCAACUUCCUCAACAUAUGGAUUAUGAAAGAGUAUAG